AAUAGGGUAUCACGUAUCGUCUAAAGGUUGGAGCAUACCAGGACCACGCCUGAGGGCCUACCAUAUAGCAUAUAGUUGGCUCAAGUAACGGUACUAUCAUUAUUCUUUAUCUUUUCUUCUUCUUUAUGCUGAUGACACUAAAAUAUAUAGAGCUGUUAAGAAUGUUAACGACUGCUUGUUAUUACAGGAUGACCUAAAUAGAUUUUCUAAAUACUGUAUCGAAAACAGAUUAGACCUUAAUGUUGCAAAGUGUCAUACCAUGUCGUUUACUCGCAAACCCAACCCAAUCUUGUUCAACUACACACUUAACUCGACUAGCAUCGCCAAUUCUCAUUCAACCAGAGAUUUAGGUCUUUAUCAAGACCCCAAGCUUCUAUUUGAUAACCAUAUAAACAAAAUAGUACAGAAAGCCUUCCAGGUCUCUAGGCUUUAUCAUGAGAUCAACAUCAAAAUUUAAAAAAGUAAAGCCUAUAAAAGUAUUAUACUGCUCGUUUGUGCGAUCUAUCCUCGAAUAUGUAUCCGUUGUGUGGAAUCCUUGUUACGAAUAAACGAAUUGAGUCCAUUCAAAGAAAGUUUUUAAAAUUCCUUCAAUUCAAAACUAAAACUACAGACUUGUGUUAUCGUGAUAGGUGCGUAAGACACCAUUUUCUUCCCCUAGAUUUGAGAAGAAAAAUCACUGACUUAGUCUACUUAAGUAAAAAUAGCUUCAUCUAGACACUACCGACCUUUGUCACUUCCACCGACCAAAACCAACUAUCGUCAAAAUUCAUACUUUGUCCGAGCUCCGACGUCAAUGAAUGAACUAUGUCAUAGUAACGAUCAACUGGAUUUACAUCUAAUGAAACCUGCUAUAAUUAAAAACCUCAUGGCAUCUAGUUUCUUAGCUCCCCGGCCUGCAGAAGAUUAGCAUAGAUAGGUUUAAUUUUAAUUAUUGAUUUAAAUAAGAAACAAAUUACUUCUUUCUUUUCUCAUAGCAUGUUUUGGCGUUUGUAAAGUCUUUAAUUUUGUGCUAACCUGUAAUAUGACUACCUUUUGUAUCCUAUCUGUGGAAACCUGUAAUUGACUUCCUUGAUACAUAUUUAUGUUAACCUAGUUUUAGUUUACUUAAGCUGUUGGUUUUCCGAAUAAAAUAAAAUAAAAUAAAAAAAUAUAUACAGUAGCGGCCACGUGGCCAUGCCACACAAAACACAAAAAGCAUGUGUUUAUUUUCCGUUCUGAUCUCUUCGACCGAUUAAAAAUGGCGACGGUAUCAAUACGUUUUCAUAUUAUAUAUCGUCAUCGACAGAAAAAAACAUGUAGUUACUCAUUAUUAAGGAGACAUACAGAACGGCAUAGCUACGUUGCAAUGAAAACGUUGCGAGUUCUUUGAGUCCUCUGCUUUGAAACUCGACUCAGUUUUUCAGACUCACAUACUAAGUCUAAGUUCUUUUCAACUUCUUAGAGACUCGAGUCUUUUGUAGGUUUUGUGUACUUGAGUCCUUUUCCGAGAACUCUUUUUUUUGUUGUUUACAAAAUUUCUUAAUGCUUUAUCUUUAAGUAAUAUUCGUGGAUUAGGCACACAAAUAAUACAACAACGCAUAAUGACUUGACUUUUAUUUAGGUUAAACCUAUGAAAUUGUUGAAGGAGUCUUUUUUCGGAGGCUCGAGUAAUUUUGAGCUCUCUUACAAAAAGACUCAAUAAAUGACUCGCCUCGGGACUUAAAAACUCGGAAGUUUUUUAAGCACCGAGUUUCGUAAAAACGAGUCGAGUUCUUCAAUUCAGACUCAAAAGACUCGAGUUCCUACCAACACUAAUGCCAGCUAAAAAUAGGGUGAGAAAAGUAUACACGUUUUUAUAAUAUUGACACAGGUGUUACUGACUUUGUAGCAAUUCUGUUAGUAUUAAGCUUAUUUUCUUGCUAAGAUGUCGUAUGAGUGGCGGAAUAAAAUAGUGAUGAUCACCGGGGCCGCCAACGGCAUCGGAGCCUGUGUGGUGCGGUUAGUGCUCGAGGAGGGGGCUAAGGUAGGACAUAUAUUGUGUCAACAUAUUUCAAUGAACCGCUCAAUAUUUCUAAGGCGAUCUGUGGCGAUAAAACGAGAAGCAAUCGACUACUCAGUCCGAGAUCCGUUUACACUAAACAAUUUUAUCUUUGGUCUACAGCAUAUAGCCGUUCUUGACGUGGACGAGACAUCUGGCAAGGCUCUUCAAUAUGAACUUAACACAAAGUAUGGGUCCGGCAAGACGACGUUUUAUCAGUGCGACGUGACAAAUGACAAUCAGCUGAUCACCGCAUUCGACUCACUGGUAAAAGAACAAGGGAAUAUUGAUGUGGUAAUCAACAACGCGGCAAUUAUGAAUGAUAACGUUUAUAGGAAGGAAAUCGAAAUUAAUGUGACUGCUCUAGUAACGAGCACAUUGAAGGCAUUGGAACUGAUGAGAGUAGACGAAGGCGGCAAAGGGGGGACUAUCAUAAACGUCUCUUCGACAGCGGCGCUUAAGCAGAGUUCUUUGAUGCCUGUAUAUUUUGGUACAAAGGCUGCAGUACUACAGUUCAGUAACUGUAUCGGGAAAGAAAAAUACUUCGCGAAAACAGGCGUACGAUUGUUGACUGUAUGUUUUGGACCUACAGCUACUGAGUUGGUUAAGCCUACCAAACUGGGCUCGUUGGAUAAAAACAUUUCGCCAGAGAUUCUUGCUGGAGCGCUGGCUACAAAAACCCACCAGAGAAUAGAGUCCGCGGCCGUGGGCUUGGUGUCGGCGUACAAGCAAGGAGCCAGCGGCAGCACGUGGCUGGCCACGCGCGAUCUGCCCGAACGAGACAUCACCGACAACGUCGUCCGAGCAUACCAGAUCCUUGGCGAAUACAAUUAGCCCUUUUAACGCUGAGAAGAUUUAAAGUCGUGAGAUGUGUCCUUAACACCCUCCAAGAAGACUAAGUAUAGGUUAAUGGGUACGCUGUUGAAUAAAAAGUACCCCCCGAUUUGAUCAGAGAAAGUCCGCUAAGGUCUAGGUACCCCUUCCAGCUUCCGCUUCUACUUAUUCCUUAUACACUCUCUUUGCUAGCCUUAUUUUACUCAUACUUUCCACGUGUCCACACCAUCUCAACAUCCCUUUCACAAUUUUGUCACUACAUCUUCGUUCAGUCCACACUUUUCUCUUCCUCGGCAGCCACCUUCCUCGUGACUACUUCUUUUUCAGAUUUGAUUAUAUACCUGAUUCUAUUCUGUACUAAAAUUGUAAAAAUAUAUAUAUAAAAUUAUAAGCCAAUCAGCAAAAGUACAGUUAAAGCAAAUGUUUUGUAUUUAACAUUAUACCGAUUUACCGAUCCUGCGAUCGUUAAGUUCCAAUUUUAAUAAUUGCGGUAACAGAAAUUAGUAUUAAUCAAAUAACGAACCAUAUAUGCUUUUACCUAAGGAAAAAACGUCUUUUAGAUACAUUUAAAGCUGACGCUUCAAAUAAAUUCGAGGACCCUCUCAGGAAAAAUGUUUCCCUAAAAAUUAACCGCAAGCAGAAACGAAUUACGCGGGUACUACACUGGGGCAAUAUGUUGAGUUUAUUUUGAAUACACCCGGCGUUCGACAGCCACUUCAAUAGCAAUCGGAAAAAUUACCUGCGCACCAUUACGUGUGGAGUCGAUUUGCUUCUUAAUUUUGGUGAAUUUUGGAGAUACGGUCGAAGUACUCAGGGGAACGUUUUAGUGGAUAACUCGGUAUUUUGAAUGGCAAUAUAUAUAAAUUAUACGAGUAUAAUAUAUAUAUGUACUGUCCCAGCGGAAUUAAGUCGCGUGUUAUUGUAUAGGUAAAUUAUUUAAAUUACUAUUAAACAGACUAAAGUACGAUUCCGACCGAACGGGCGGAGUCGGAGCGCAUUGCACAUUUAUACGGCCGCAAUCCGGUCGGCUGCUCACGGACGCGUACGGGUCCAGAUGGAUUCCAUCGCUUCUGCCAUAUACAAUGUACAGGCACAUUGAAAAUGCGCUCCGACGCGGCGGGGAUCUUACAUAAAGGAACAAUUCGUGCCUUUCACACCAUUAUCCCAUAUCGAGAUUAUAAGUAUGAAUUAGAUUCGUCAGCUUAGUUCCACUGUACGUACAGGGACUCCGACGUGAGGUUUGAUGUAGGUAUAUGCUGACCAGUGACCUUUUGUGCAACAGCUGGGGCCAGUAACAAGCCUAACGCACUGAAGUAGCCUUAAGAAACCUCUUUGACCUGAUGUGACCAAGUAAUGAGUAGGACUAAACUCAAAAUGAAAAAUGUGUUUUUUUAUGUCUAAUUAACUGCAGCGUUGAGUUUAGAAUAUAAGUGUGUAAUCACUUUAUUAGCUUAAUAGGUGUAUUUUAUAUGAAUAAAUACUGACUUACAUGGAUGGA